AUGCGCAAGGAUACCCGGCAUCAAAGAAAGACAAGGGUCAGCCAGAACAGCUUCACCAUGCUGUCCUCGCCGUCGCCGGGCCAGCAGGUGCAGACCCCGCAGUCGAUGUCCCCUCCUCCACAGCAGUCGGUGUCCCCUCCCCCACAGCCGUCCCCGCAGCCCAACUCCAACGUCAGCCCCGGCCCUGCCCCAUCCCCCAGCAGCUUCCUGCUGAGCCCCUCACCACAGCCCUCCCAGAGUCCAGUGACAGCGCACACUCUGCAGAACUUCAGUGUUCCCUCCCCGGGACCUUUAAACACCCCUGUAAACUCCAGCUCAGUCAUGAGCCCAGCGGGCUCCAGUCUGGCCGAGGAGCAGCAGUACCUGGACAAGCUGACGCAGCUGUCCAAGUACAUCGAGCCCCUACGCCGCAUGAUCAACAAGAUCGACAAGAAUGAAGACAGAAAAAAGGACCUGAGUAUGAUGAAGAGCCUUCUGGAGAUCCUGACUGACCCCUCCAAGCGCUGCCCUCUGGAAACUCUGCAGAAGUAUGAGAUCGCCCUGGAGAACCUCGAGAAUGACAUGGCGGUGCCCACGCCCCCACCACCCCCGGGACCACCAACCAAGCAGCAGUCCUUGUGCCAGCCGCUCCUGGAUGCCGUCCUGGCCAACAUCCACUCGCCCUUCUUCAACCAUUCCCUGCGCCACACGUUCAUGCCAGCCAUGACGGCCAUCCAUGGCCCACCCAUCACGGCACCGGUGGUGUGCACCCGGAAGCGGAAGCUUGAAGAGGAUGAGCAGCAGAGCAUCCCCAACGUGCUCCAGGGCGAGGUGGCCAGAUUAGACUCCAGGUUCCUGGUGAACUUGGACCCUUCUCACUGCAGCAACAAUGGCACCGUCCACCUGAUAUGCAGGCUGAAUGACAAGGAUCUCCCGAGCGUGCCACCCCUGGAGCUCAGUGUGCCCGCUGACUACCCCGCCCAGAGCCCGCUGUGGAUCGACCGGCAGUGGCAGUACGACGCCAGCCCCUUCCUGCAGUUGGUGUACCAAUACCUGACCUCGAAGCUGCUGAAGCUCCCCGAUAAGCACUCAGUUACAGCCCUGCUCCACAUCUGGGCGGAGAGCAUCCACCAGGCCUGCCUCUCAGCUACCUAG